AUAAAAGAAGAUUCAAUAAUGGAAAGCAUCAGUUUAUCACAAAGUUUCUUAAGUGUUUUGCUUUGAGUAUAAUAACUUUUCUUCACUAUGACAAAGUUUAUGAUUAUCGUGCUUCUGCUGACAGUUUCUGUAGCUGUCAUGUCAGCUCCUUCAUUUGAAGAAUAUGAACCUCUUGAGUUAAGAGGUGAAGAAUUUGAAAUCGAUGGAGAGAAUGAAGACCACCUCCGUCAUCGUCGAGUUACCUGUGAUCUUCUUUCCUUUAAAGGAGUUGUGAAUGAUUCUGCUUGUGCUGCCAAUUGUCUUAGUAUGGGAAAAUCUGGAGGAAGCUGUCGUAAUGGAGUGUGUGUUUGUCGAAAAGAUAAAAUCGUAGAUUUGUGGAAGAAAAGAUUUGGCUGAAGCAUUAAUACAUAAUUUACUCAACAAUUUCAAGGCUGUUUGAAUAUUUUAUCUGAAAUAUGAAUAAAUAAUUUGAAUAAUGUAAA